AUGACUGAUGAAGAAUCGAUAAGAAUUAAAAUAAUUCUGUUAGGUGAUUCAGGUGUAGGAAAGACUAGCUUAAUUCGUCGAUUUGUUGAUGACCGAUUUAUACAGAAUGAAGCGGCGACAAUCGGUUUCGAUUUUAAACCUUAUCAAACAAUUGUAGAUGGCAAAACAAUUCAGUUUAAUAUAUGGGAUACAGCCGGUGCUGAACGUUACAGUGGUUAUUUAACUCCUUCUUUCUAUCGUCAUGCUCAUGGAGCUCUUUAUGUAUACGAUGUUACUUCUGUACAAAGUCUUUCUGGAAUAGAAUAUUGGGCAGAACAAACAGAACAAUUCUGUGGUAGUCGACUAUUAAAAAUGCUUGUUGGCAAUAAAAUUGACUUGAAUGAUCGUAUAGUUUCAAAAAAAGAAGGUUCAAAUUUAGCUCGAAAAUUGGGUUCACUUUUUGUUGAAACCAGUGCAAAAACAAGUGAAAAUGUUCGUCAUGCUUUUGAAGAACUUGUUCGUAAAAUACUUCAAGAUCCGGAAUUCUUGUCAGCCAAUUCAUUGUCACAACCACCACAAGGUGUAUCGUUUCAAUCCAAUCAACCGAACACAUCAUCAUAUUCUGCUUGUUCUUGUUAA